AUGCUCAGGACUCCGGAGCCGCGGCCCGGGGAGGCGGGGGCGGCCACCCAGGCCAAGCCGCUCACCUCCUUCCUCAUCCAGGACAUCCUGCGGGACUGCACGGGCAGCCGGCAGCCCCGGCCCCCGCCUCUGCCCCGCCACCAGCGGGCGGAGCGGCAGAGCCCGGAGCCGGAGCCCGCGGCGGGGAGCGGCGGGGCAGACGAGCAGGAGGACCAGGCGAGCCCCCGGUCCCGCGCCGCGCCCGGGGAGGCCGAGUCGCCAGCGGAGACGGAGCCAGAUAGGCACUUGGAGGCUUAUCUGUUGGACUGUGAAAACACUUCAGGCGCCUCGCCAAGCCUUCCCCGCACCCCCAAGCAGCCGCCGCCGCCGCAGAAGCGCUCCCGGGCCGCCUUCUCCCACUCUCAGGUCAUCGAGCUAGAGAGGAAGUUCAGCCACCAGAAGUACCUGUCGGCCCCUGAGAGGGCUCACCUGGCCAAGAACCUGAAGCUCACCGAGACCCAAGUGAAAAUAUGGUUCCAGAACAGACGCUACAAGACCAAGCGGAAGCAGCUCACCUCGGACCUGGGCGGCCUGGAGAAGCACGCCUCCUUGCCAGCCCUGAAAGACGACGGCUUCUCCCGGGCCCCCCUCAUCUCCAUGUACAACAGCUACCCUCACUACCCCUACCUGUACUGCCUGGGCGGCUGGAGCCCAGCCUUCUGGUAACUGCCAGCUCAGACAA